UGAGCGCGGCGGCGCCGGGACGCGGCGGGCGCAGCGAGCGCAGCGGAGCGGCCACGCCGCGCUCGGCUCCCCGCGCCCUGCCCGCAGCCCGGCCCGCGGCUCCCCGGCCCGCCGGUGCCAUGCUGCUGCCGCUCGCCGUGCUGCCCUGCGCCUUCGUCCUGCUGCGAGCCGCAGCCUCUCUCCAAGUGGACAUCGUUCCAAGCCAGGGGGAGAUCAGCGUUGGAGAAUCCAAAUUCUUCUUAUGUCAAGUGGCAGGAGAGGCCAAGUUCAAGGACAUCUCGUGGUUCUCCCCGAACGGGGAGCGGCUGAGCCCGAACCAGCAGCGCAUCUCGGUGGUGCGCAACGAUGACUUCUCCUCCACGCUCACCAUCUACAAUGCCAACAUCGACGACGCCGGCAUCUACAAGUGCGUGGUCAGCAGCCCCGAGGAGGGCGACUCCGAGGCCACCGUCAACGUCAAGAUCUUCCAAAAGCUGAUGUUCAAGAACGCCCCCACCCCUCAGGAAUUCAAGGAGGGGGACGAUGCCGUGAUCGUGUGUGACGUGGUCAGCUCACUGCCCCCCACCAUCAUCUGGAAGCACAAAGGCAGGGAUGUCAUCCUAAAAAAGGAUGUGCGCUUCAUCGUCCUGUCCAACAACUACCUGCAGAUCCGGGGCAUCAAGAAGACAGAUGAGGGCACCUACAGGUGUGAGGGGAGGAUCCUGGCCCGUGGGGAGAUCAACUUCAAGGACAUCCAGGUCAUCGUGAACGUGCCUCCCUCGGUGCGUGCCAGGCAGAGCACCAUGAACGCCACCGCCAACCUCAGCCAGUCUGUCACCCUGGCCUGUGACGCUGAUGGCUUUCCCGAGCCCACCGUGACGUGGACAAAGGAUGGAGAGCCCGUGGAGGAGGUGGAGGACGAGGACAAAUACACCUUCAACUACGAUGGCUCCGAGCUGGUGAUCCACAGGGUGGACAAGGGCGACGAGGCCGAGUAUGUCUGCAUUGCUGAGAACAAGGCUGGCGAGGCCGACGCCACCAUCCACCUCAAAGUCUUUGCCAAACCCAAAAUCACCUACGUGGAGAACAAGACAGCCAUGGAGCUGGAGGAUCAGAUCACGCUGACCUGCGAGGCCUCGGGGGACCCCAUCCCCUCCAUCACCUGGAGAACCUCCACACGCAACAUCAGCAACGAGGAGAAGACGCUGGACGGGCGGAUCGUGGUGCGCAGCCACGCGCGCGUGUCCUCGCUGACGCUCAAGGACAUCCAGUACACGGACGCGGGCGAGUACGUGUGCACGGCCAGCAACACCAUCGGCCAGGACUCGCAGGCCAUGUACCUGGAGGUGCAGUACGCCCCCAAGCUCCAGGGCCCCGUGGCCGUGUACACCUGGGAGGGAAACCAGGUGAACAUCACGUGUGAGGUGUUUGCCUACCCCAGCGCUGUCAUCUCCUGGUUCCGGGACGGGCAGCUCCUGCCCAGCUCCAACUACAGCAACAUCAAGAUCUACAACACGCCCUCAGCAAGUUACCUGGAGGUGACCCCAGACUCGGAGAAUGACUUUGGGAACUACAACUGCACGGCUGUGAACCGCAUCGGGCAGGAGUCCUCCGAGUUCAUCCUGGUGCAGGCAGACACGCCGUCCUCGCCGUCCAUCGGCAGGGUGGAGCCCUACUCCAGCAGUGCCCAGGUGGAGUUCGACGAGCCCGAGGCCACGGGCGGGGUGCCCAUCCUCAAGUACAGGGCGGAGUGGCGGGCCCUGGGCGAGGCCGACUGGCACUCCAGGCUCUACGAUGCCAAGGAAGCCAACGUGGAGGGCACGGUGACCAUCACGGGGCUGAAGCCUGAGACCACCUAUGCAGUGAGGCUGUCAGCAGUCAAUGGCAAGGGCGUGGGGGAGCUCAGCCUGCCCGCAGAGUUCAAGACACAGCCAGUCCGGGAACCCAGUGCCCCCAAGCUGGAAGGUCACAUAGGAGAGGAUGGCAACUCCAUCAAGGUGAACGUCAUCAAGCAGGACGACGGCGGCUCCCCGAUCCGGCACUACCUGAUCAAGUACAAAGCUAAGCACUCCUCGGAGUGGAAGCCCGAGAUCCGGCUGCCGUCGGGCAGCGACCACGUCAUGCUCAAGUCCCUGGACUGGAACGCCGACUACGAGGUGUACGUGGUGGCCGAGAACCAGCAGGGCAAGUCCAAGCCCGCUCACUACGCCUUCCGCACGUCGGCGCAGCCCACGGUGAUCCCAGCCAGCACCAGCCCUACCUCGGGGCUGGGCACUGCUGCCAUCAUCGGCAUCCUGGUGGUGGUGUUCGUGGCGCUGCUGGUGGCCGUGGAUGUCACCUGCUACUUCCUGAACAAGUGCGGGCUGCUCAUGUGCAUCGCCGUCAACCUGUGCGGCAAGUCCGGCCCGGGCGCCAAGGGCAAGGACAUGGAGGAGGGCAAGGCGGCCUUCUCGAAGGAUGAGUCCAAGGAGCCCAUCGUGGAGGUGCGGACGGAGGAGGAGAGGACCCCCAACCACGACGGGGGGAAGCACACGGAGCCCAACGAGACCACCCCGCUGACAGAGCCAGAGCACCCCGCCGACACCGCGGCCACCGUGGAGGACAUGCUGCCUUCGGUCACCACGGGCACCACUAACUCUGACACAAUCACUGAAACCUUUGCCACUGCCCAGAACAGCCCCACCAGCGAGAGCACCACGCUGACCUCCAGCGCCGCCCCGCCGGCCGCGCCCGACGCCGACACCGCGGCCCCGGCCCAGGCCACGCCGGCCAAAGGUGCCACCACCGCCACCACCGCGGUGUCCUCGCCACCGCCCUCGUCCACCCCCAGAGUGGCCCCUCUCGUUGAUCUCAGCGACACCCCCAGCUCUGCUCCGGCCACCGCUAAUUUAUCUUCAAGUGUCCUGCCGGGGCAGGCCGUGCUCAGCCCCAGCGCCGCCGCGGCCGACGCCGCCAAGGCCGGGAGCAAGGCGGCCGCCCCCAGCCCUGCCAGCCUCGCCAGCCCUCCGGCUCCCUCGGAGCCCAAGCAGGAGGCGGCCAAGAGCCCCGAGAAGGAGCCCGUGCAGCCCAGCACGGUGAAGAGCCCCGCAGAGACCCCCAAGAACCCGAGCAACGUGAAGAGCGAGGCUGCCUCGGGCAGCGCCGCCAACCCCUCGCAGAACGAGGACUUUAAAAUGGACGAAGGGACCUUCAAGCCACCAGACAUUGACCUUGCAAAGGAUGUUUUUGCAGCUCUUGGCACUGCCUCUCCUCCUGCUGCCAGCGGGGCUGGUGGGCAAGCCCCCGAGCCUGCUGCUGCCGCUGCAGACAGCUCUGGCCCCGCAAAGACCGAGAAAACUCCGGCAGAGGACAAAGGCGCCGGGCAGGACAGGAAGAGCCCCCCGGCAGAAGUGAAGACGGUGCCCAACGAAGCCACACAAACAAACGAGGGCGAGAGCAAAGCAUGAUCAGCACCGCAGAGGGGACGGCAGAAACCUCCACCCGAGCAUUCAAAUCACAACCCACACACCCAUCUCAUUCCUCUAGUGUCUGUUGCCUUUUUUUAAAAAAGAAAAACGAACAAACCAACCAGAAAAAAAAAAAAUGCAUAAAUGGGGGGAGGGAGGGAAUGUCUCUUUUUUCCUUUUCUUCUUUUUCUCUUUUUGUUCUGUUUUAAUUUCUGUUUUUUUGGUUUCUUUGAGAUUCCUAAACAGGUUCUAUUCGUUGUGCACUUGCUUUUAAAAAGUAAAACAUGUUAAAAACAGGGUUAAACCCGUCACCAAAUCAGGGCUCAGCCAGCCCUGUGUAUAUUCAAACAAGCAAACAUUGCAAUGCUGGUUGCAAUGCGGUUGGGAAGCUCAAAAUCAAGUAGUCCUAGACACAAAAAAACCACAAAAAAAGACAAAAAAAAGUGAAAAGAGACCCUGUUGUUUCCUUUGUUAGUAUAGCAGAGAUAACCACUGUGCUGCUGGGCACAGCUGGUGCUUAAAGAACAAAGUCCACAAUUUAUUUUUAUACUUUUCAGUCGAGUUUGAAAUAUGUAAAGCCUCAUAAAUAAGUUAUAAUUUCUGUUCACCUUGUAUCUGGUCAGUAUGCAAAGUGUCUCGAGCUCUUUGUGACUGAAUCCUGCUCGCCACGUUAGACCUUUAUUUGGGGUUUAUUAUUAUCUGUUUUUUUAGGAAGAAUGCCAAAAUUGCAGCUUUGGGGGAUGUAUUUCAAUUUGCAGUAUUCAGACUCUACAUUUCUUUUUCAAUUUUACAUUCAAUUUUUGGGUUGUUUUUUUUUUGCCAACUUCGGUUCUUUCCAGUGUUUACAAUUGACAGAUAUUUUUUAAACUUUUGUUGUGUUGAAAUGGAUGUGUAAAAUAGCUGCCUUUUUUUUUUCUUUUUUUCUCUUUUUUUUUUUCCUUUUUUUGGUUUUUCACUCAAUCCAGUCCUGUAGACACUAGGGUAGCAGCAUGCUUGCUUUGCAAAGGGAGACAUUUUCAACCAUGGAUGUUUACAGUAGUCGUUUCCCCUUUUCUCUUUUCUUAAUUAUUGUUAUUAUUAUUAUUAUUGUUAUUAUUAUUAUUAUUAUUUCUUACUGGAGUAAGAAGAAAAGCGAUGCUGGGGUUGGGUUUGGGGUUUUUUUUGGGGGGUGGGGGUGUUCAAACCACUGCCACCAGUCAAGGGCUUUACCCAGCAAUGCCCAAACCUGCUGGGGGUGAGGGAAUUGCUGGAGAAAAUCCUUCUGUGCUUAAAUUUAGUUUGAAGUCCCUUGCUGGACCUGGGCCUGACUGCAUAAGAGAAAUAUCAUCUCUGCUUUUUUAGGACAUUCUCCCCUUUCCUUCACAGAACCCUCCCGGAGCUCUGGGGAGCACAAGGGAGGUUGGACAGUUUGGGCUGGUCUGGGCUCAGGUGUGUGACCAAAUCCACCCCUCGUGAUCACGGCAGAAAAUCCCAAUUCCAGUAAAUUCCAAUCUCAGAAAAUCCCAGUUUUGGAAAAAUCCCAGUUUUGGAAAAGAUCCAUCUUGGAAAAUCCCAGUUAAAGUAAAUUCCAGUUUCAGAAAAUCCCAAUUUCAGUAAAAUCCAAUCUCAGCAAAUCACAGUUUUGGAAAAAUCCCAGUUUUGGAAAAGAUCCAUCUUGGAAAAUCCCAGUUAAAGUAAAUUCCAGUUUCAGAAAAUCCCAAUUUCAGUAAAAUCCAAUCUCAGCAAAUCACAGUUUUGGAAAAAUCCCAGUUUUGGAAAAGAUCAAUCUUAGAAAAUCUCAAUUAAAGUAAAUUCCAGUUUCAGAAAAUCCCAAUUUCAGUAAACACCAAUUUCAAAUAAAUUCCAGUUUCAGUGAGUUCCAAUAUCAGUCUACAAUUUCAGUAAAUGCCAUGUCCUCUGACCCUAAAAAAAACAAAAGAAAACCCUAAAAAAAAUAAAAGCAAAGAUUUUUUUUUUCCCCCAAAGGUGCUGGGCAGAUUCCAGCCCCUUCCUGCAGGUCCAGCUCCACCAGGUGAUCCAUGGAGAUCCUUCCAGGAAUCGUGGAGCAGCACUGAGAUUUGGGGUUGGAGAGUUGAUUAAUGGGAUUUAUCAUCAGGAAUCAUGGAGCAACACUGAGAUUUGGGGUUGGGGAGCUGAUUAAUGAGAUUUAUCAUCAGGAAUCAUGAGGCAACACUGAGAUUUGGGGGUGAAAAAGCUCUGAGCAGAAGGAAGGCAGAGGAGUGUAGGGAGAGACCAGCCCAUUGUAUAGAGAUGUUCCUCCUGUUGGGGUUUUGGGUAUUAUUUCCUUUUUUUUUUAAUUUUUUAUUUUAUUUUAUUUUCCCUUUAUUUUUUUUUUAAUUCUACUUUAGAUCUGCAAGCUUGUGCACUGUGGGUGCGUGACUAUUUUAGUGUGAACCGUGUUUUUUGUCAUAGUAUUGAAAUAAUAAAAGCUUCAACAUAGUUUGGAUGUGGAAGGUGUAGCGCUAGUUCAGAUUUGAGAAACAAAACAAAAAAAAAUAUUCAGGAAUUAAAAUAAUUUAAAAAUAAUAAUAAAAAUAAUUUUAAAAAGAACAACAACAAACAGAAAGAGAACAACUCUUACAAAGAGCAGAAGCCUUUAAAUGAGAAAAGCAAGCGGAGCUGAGUGUGGCGUUGGCAGGAGGGUGAGCGGGGUGUGGAGGCUGUAUCCGUGUGUUCCUUGGGAAUUUGCAGUCUGUUCCAGCGGCAUCUCACCAUCUCCAGCUGUGACAAACAGUGCUCUUGUCAUUCGCUAAGUGUGGGGUUUCUUGCGUUUUGUUUUCCUCAGCUCCUGGGGCCACGGGCCGGGCUGGAGCUGGGGCUGAGGCUCCCCUGCCCGUCCUGCCUGGGGUUGGGUAGGACGGGGCCUCAUUCCCAGCCUGGUGUCACAGCCAGCCCUUGGGUGACACAGCAGUGUCCCCCAGCCCUGGGGACCUCGGGCUCGUGGUCCCAAGGAUUCCUUUCUUUCCCCAAAGAAACGAAUCGCUCAAAUGCAGCUGGGCAGGGCUGGGCAGCAGCGGUGCCUCCCUCCCCUGGGUGGGCACAGCUCGUCCCUUUGGUGCCAGAUCCUGGCUGCUCCUGUCCCCUGUGAGUGCUGUAAGCCCAAAGCUGAGCACUGCUAGGAGACACAGCACCAUUCCCAAAAACCUGCCAGGCGGGAACUGGGGAGACUGGAUUGGCGUUUUUGUCCCAAAAGAGGACGAGCUCCGAGCCCAGCCCCCAGUGACACUUUGGGGGUGGCUCUGGCUGGGCUUUCAGGUCCCUUCUGUCCCAAAGCUCUGGUCUGGGGUGGCUGGAGGCAGGAGGGAGCCCCGAGCAGUGUCCAGCAGCUCCUUCCCUCACCUGUGGUGGGUUCACAUCGCCUUUAACAGCAAAUAAUUUCCUAUUUCAUUUCCAAGCACCCCCUUCCCAGCCAGCUGCAGCCUCGUGGCUUUGAUCUGUCCCCUCAGGGGGAGGGGACCAGCCUGAGCUUGGUGGCAGUGCCACGGCUGUUCCAUGUGUCCAUCCUCAGGGCUGGUGGCAGUGCCAUGGCUGUUCUGGGGUUGGUGGCACUGCCCUGGCUGUUCCAUGUGUCCAUCCCUGGGGCUGGUGGCACUGCCAUGGCUGUUCCAUGUGUCUGUCCCCAGGGUUGGUGGCACUGCCAUGGCUCUGUGUCUAUCCCUGGAGUUGGUGGCACUGCUGUGGCUGCCCCAGGGUUGGUGGCACUGCCAUGGCUGUUCCAUGUGUCCAUCCCCAGGGUUAGUGGCACUGCCAUGGCUCUGUGUCCAUCCUUGGGGUUGGUGGCAAUGCCACAGCUGCCGCAGGGUUGGUGGCACUGCCCUGGCUGUUCCAUGUGCCCAUCCCUGGGCUGGUGGCAGUGCCACAGCUGCGCCAAGGUUGGUGGCACUGCCAUGGCUGUGUGUCCAUCCCUGGGGUUGGUGGCACUGCCAUGGCUGUUCCAUGUGCCCAUCCCUGGGCUGGUGGCAGUGCCACGCCCGCCCGUGCCCGUCCCCAGUGCCACAGGAGCGCUGCCAUCUCGUGCUGCACCAUUCGUACAGGUGACAAUAGUGCAUCCCGCCCGUCGGCUUCCAGAGUGGCGUUUUCUUCUCACACUUUUCUAUGGAGCCUUCAAACCCCACAUUUUUCACCACCAGGCUGUUUUGAUAGUUGUUCUCAGCCCCUCCAUGGCCAUCCUUCCCCAGCAUUCCCUACUUUUGGGGGCCUUCUAUCUUGUUAAAAAAAGAAAAAAACAAAAAAUCUUUUUACCGAGUGAAACAUCGACUCCACCUUUAUCCCCAUUCUCACUGGUGUAAAUACUGAUACUAACUGAGGAUUUUGACUUUGCAUUCUGUCAGAAUACUGUGUUCAAAUAAAAACUACAAAAAAAGAAGAAAAAAAAGCUGAUGCCUGCAGUCUGCCCUUCUUUAGCUGCUCUGCCAGGGCCAGCACCGGGUCCUGCUGCUCAUCCCAACCAAGUGGCACUAAAAGCACUUUAAAGUUUAUUUCUUUGUCCCUCUAUAUUUAUUUACUUAUCUCCAGGACAUA